AUAUUCCGUUGUCCACUGAGUACCUGUUGCUACCUAUACUGUAGUUGAUCAACUCCGAUUCUAAUUUCCUUCUUUCCUUCCUACUCAAAAAGUGGUCUUUCAGCUACUCUUGUUUCUUUCUUUAUCCUCUCUCUACCUCAACUACUCACACAAAUCACCAACAAUGGCUAAACAAACUACCCUCGACGAGUUCAACGCCGUCUUCCCCAAGCUCGAGGAGGUUCUCCUCGACCAUGCUCGCUCUUACAAGCUCCCCCAGGAGCAGCUUGACUGGUACAAGAAGUCUCUCGAGGCCAACCCUCUCGGCGGAAAAUGCAACCGCGGCAUGUCCGUCCCCGAUUCCGUCUCUCUCCUCCUCGAGAAGCCCCUUACUGAGGAGCAAUACUUCCAGGCCGCUACUCUCGGCUGGAUGACAGAGCUCCUCCAGGCUUUCUUCCUCGUUUCCGACGAUAUCAUGGACUCCAGCAUCACCCGUCGUGGCCAGCCCUGCUGGUACCGUCAGGAGGGUGUUGGCAUGAUCGCCAUUAACGACGCCUUUAUGCUCGAGAUGGCCAUCUACACUCUUCUCAAGAAGUACUUCCGCACCCACCCUGCCUACGUCGACCUCAUCGAGCUGUUCCACGAGACCACCUUCCAGACCGAGCUCGGCCAGCUGUGUGACUUGCUCACCGCCCCUGAGGACAAUGUCAACCUUGACAACUUCUCCCUCGAGAAGUACAGCUUCAUCGUCAUCUACAAGACCGCCUACUACUCCUUCUACCUCCCUGUUGCGCUUGCCCUCCACCAGCUCAACCUCGCCACCCCCAGCAACCUCAAGCAAGCUGAGGAUAUCCUCAUCCCUCUCGGAGAGUACUUCCAGAUCCAGGACGACUACCUUGACAACUUUGGCAAGCCCGAACACAUUGGCAAGAUUGGUACCGAUAUCAAGGACAACAAGUGCUCUUGGCUCGUGAACCAGGCUCUUGCCGUUGCCACCCCCGAGCAGCGCAAGAUCCUUGAGGAGAACUACGGCCGCAAGGACGAUGCCAAGGAGCUGGUCGUCAAGAAGCUCUACGACGACCUGAAGCUUGAGCAGCUCUACCUCGACUACGAGGAGAAGGUUGUUGGCCAGAUCCGCGAGCGCAUUGCCAACAUUGACGAGAGCGGUGGCCUCAAGAAGACCGUGUUUGAGGCCUUCCUCGCCAAGAUCUACAAGCGCAGCAAGUAAACUGGAUCUUUCAAUUAAUAAUGCGAAAAUUUAUAUCUGAUAAAGAGAACGUGAGAGAGAUGGUUGAAGUGCCAAAGUUG